AUGCUCUUCCGUAGCUCUGUCUUCCUGGCCGCCAGCGCCGCGGUCGCAUCCGCGAUCACGCCGCGCUCCUUCGGCAUGAGAGCGCCGCUUCCGCCUCCUCUCGACGCGAGCGAAGUUCAGAUCGCGCAUGGCGCGCUCGAUACCAACGGCAGCGCGCUUCCACCGCUGAACACGACGUACUACUUUGACCAGCUCAUCGACCACAAUGACCCGAGCAAGGGCACUUUCCAGCAACGGUACUGGAUGACGUGGAACUUCUACGAGGAUGGUGGCCCGAUUGUGCUCUUCACACCGGGAGAGGCAAACGCUGAGCCUUACACGGGCUACCUCACCAACCGCACGAUCAACGGACAGAUCGCUCAGCAACAAGGCGGAGCGACUAUUGUGCUCGAGCAUCGUUUCUUCGGCCUGUCAAACCCCUACGAUGAUCUCAGUGUCAAGAGCCUUCAGCUUCUGACUCUCGAGCAAAGCGUCGAUGAUCUGGAGUACUUUGUGAAGAACGUCAAUGUUCCUGCGCCCAUCAACGAGCCCAGCAAAGCACCAUGGGUGUUGGUUGGCGGCAGCUACUCCGGUGCUCUUACCGCAUGGACCAUGGUUGCGAAGCCGAAUCUUUUCGCUGCGGGCUGGGCUUCUUCCGCCGUUGUUGAGACUAUCGUUGACUUCUGGCAAUACUUCGAGAUUCCUAGGACGCACAUGCCCAAGAACUGCUCUAGCGACGUCCAGGCAGUCAUCGCGCACUUCGACGCUGUUGCUCAUAACCCGAAGGCCGUCGCGUCAUUGAAGGCACAAUUCGGUUUAGAGGACGUCGAGCACUACGACGAUGUCACUGCGGCUCUCAAGAAUCCGAUUUACUCCUGGCAAGACCUCCAACCGGAGAGCGGCCCAAAUACCGACUUCUUUGCCUUCUGCGACGCCCUAGAGGUCAAGGACGACAAAUCUGCGCCUGCUUCUGGCUGGGGUCUUGAACAUGCGCUCUCCGCGUGGGGCGCCUACUUCAAGAAUGAGUAUCUACCAUCGAUCUGCGGCGACGACAACUACAACGACUGCCUCGGCACGUACAACGCGACUCAAGAGUUCUACACCAGCACCGAAGUCGACGACGCCAACCGUUCGUGGUUCUGGUUUGUCUGCAACGAAGUUGGAUGGUUCCAGGAUGCGGCACCUCUCGGCCACCCCACUAUUGUCUCUCGUACCCUCCAACCGGCGAACCAGGAGAUAAGGCAAUGCGGGUACUUCUUCCCCGGCGCCCAGCCCGUCAGCUCCGCUCGGAUCCUCAAGACCGAUAAGACCUACAAAGGGUGGGAUCUGGACGUGCAGACCAUCUUCUUUGGCAACGGCGAGCGUGACCCAUGGCGCUACUCGACCACUUCGGCUCCAGGCGUCACUCCUCCGCACAUUCCACAGUCUCACAUUGGCCUUCACGAUGGCUUCCACACCAGCGACCUGAUCAUCGCCAACGACGUUGACUCGACCGUUGCUGCCGUCCAGAAGAAGGGUCUCGCGUUCAUCAAGCAGACGCUUGCUGUCUCGAAGUCAUCGAGCUCUCGUCGGGGCUGGCGCGAGGGCAUCAAGAGGGAUGCCAGCGCAUAA